UUCAUCUUUUGUUCUCCUCCCAUGCACUCAGUUCUGUCUUCACAAUAAUGGCAUUUGCAUUCAUCCUAAAGGGAAAUUUAUUCAUCCUUAAUUUAAUUUCCAUUGCAAUAUUUUGCAGUAACAUAGUGGCUGCAGAGGGUGAUCUUGAAGGAGGACAAAACUUAGUAAAGGCUUUGUCAUGCUUUGAAAAUAAGCUUAUUUAUGCUGGCUGUGAUUCUGCAUAUAGAUUAAUCCCAUCUGGGAAUAUUAAGGUGCCUCCAGAGGCUACUGAUUUUUUCUGUAGUGGACCAUGUCUCGCAGAAGCACAGCUAAUGCUUGAUUGUAUUGACAACAUACUCUCCAGUUUCAUAUUCAACAACAAAGCAACAUUACAACAAAUGAGAUAUGCACUCAAUGCCGGCUGCAGUUACUCUAGACAACGAGGGAACUUCAAUUUGGACGACUACAUUGGAGGAGAGAUAAACACAGCUCCAGGUGUACCUAUUUUGAUUAGAUGCUAUCUCUUCAUCGUUGCAGCGGUGCUGGUUUAUUUAAUGUGAGUGUGUGACAUUAUGUAAUAGUAGUAAGAAAUAGAUACUCGUUGAAUUUCUUUACGUUUUUAACCCGAGAGCAACAUGUUCCUAUUAGUUUAGAUGAUGAGUGACUAUUUAUCAUAAUGUAUUCUAAAAGUAUGUAUUAUGUUAUCAUACAACACAAUUUGAGCAAAACUUCCAUUUUUAAUGAAA